AUGCAGCAAGAAUUAUAUUUGAUAAAAAUCCCAAAAGAACAUUUGCCUGCAACUAUUUGUAACAUACUGGUUGAACACGGUGAUAAAAUCGAGAAAACUCAAUCGCUACUUAGAUACGAAUAUGUAAAAAAAACUAAGAAAGAAAACAUUGAUCCAGAAACAAAAGAACAGAUUCAACAUAUGAUAGAUACACCCUUUAUCGAAGAAUUAAAGAGUCCCACUGAAGGUGAAAUCGAGCAAAUUUUUGUCAGAGAAGGCGAGCUUAUAUUCGAUACUGAUGACAAGGCUGUGAUUGGUGUGAAAGAGCCGUGCGUUCACUCAAUUCAGAUUCGUGGCCUGUGUGCAUUAUGUGGUAAUGAUAUGAUGAAAACAGAUUUUACUGGUGUUGAUUAUUCCCAGAGAGCUACUAUUAGUAUGGCUCAUAAUGUUGCUGGAUUAACUGUUAGCCUCAAUGAGGCUGAGAGAUUAGAGAAAGAAACAGCGGAUAGAUUAUUGAAAUCGCGAAAGUUGUCUCUAAUAGUAGAUUUAGACCAAACUCUAAUUCACGCAACCAUCGAUCAGAUGGUGGAGGAAUGGAUUAAUGAUGAAAAUAACAUUAAUCAUCCCACAACUAAGGACAUUCACAAAUUUGUUCUAUCUGACAGUCCAACUGUUUAUUAUAUCAAGUUAAGACCGGGUCUUAAAGAAUUUUUAAAAGAUGUAUCAGAGUUUUAUGAACCUCAUAUAUAUACCAUGGGAACGCGUAAUUAUGCGUCUUCCGUAGCUGAGAUAAUUGAUCCGAAUCAUACAAUAUUCAAUGAACGAAUAUUAUCACGCGAUGAAAGUGGAAAUAUAACUCGGAAAAAUAUACGACGUUUAUUUCCUUGUGAUGACUCAAUGGUCGUCGCAAUUGAUGAUCGGGCUGACGUUUGGGGUUGGUCGCCUAAUCUUAUAAAAGUUCACCCUUAUGAUUUUUUUGUGGGAAUUGGUGACAUCAAUGAUACCCGUUCUGCCCGCUUUGACGAGAAAAUGUCUAAAGAGAAAACGUCUAACAAGAAAACGUCUAACGAGAAAGUGUCUGAGAAAACGUUUGACGAGAAAACGUCUGAUGAGAAAGCGUCUGACGAGAAAGCGUCUGACGAGAAAACGUCUGACGAGAAAACGUCUGACGAGAAAACGUCUGACGAGAAAACGUCUGACGAGAAAACGUCUGACGAGAAAACAUCUGAUGAGAAAAUGUCCGAUGAGAAAAUGUCCGAUGAGAAAACGUCUGAUGAGAAAACGUCUGAUGAGAAAUCGUCUAACGAGAAAACAUCUGAUGAGAAAACACCUGAUGAGAAAACGUCUAAUGAGGAAACAUCCGAUGAGAAAACGUCUGAUGAGAAAACAUCCGAUGAGAAAACGUCUGAUGAGAAAACUUCUAAAGAACCUCUUAAGCAAAAAGUUGAGAAUACUUCGAAUAAUACAUUAACUACUACAAUGCAAAAGUCAUUACAAAAUAGCAAAAGAACUUAUGAAGAAAUUUCCGAGGAUUCUGCGAAUUCUGACGAAAAAAUAUUUAAAAAACAACAAAUAGAGCACGAUGAAAACAUUAGUAAACAAACUCGCGAUCAUCAAUUAAAGUCAAAUCAAAUCAUUGAAAGUGUAAAACCUGUUCCUGUUGACAAUGAUACAGAAUUGCCCAAUUUAUUGAAGGCUUUGAAAACGAUCCACAAACGAUAUUACGAAGAGUACGACCGAAUGCAAAAUGAUUUACAAACGAAUGUGAAAUCAAGGAUGCCAGAU